UCGACAUUUCAAACCAAAAUCACUCGUCUUCCUCCUCCCACUUCUUCGUUCCCCGCCUCCCAAUGCGGACUCGCUUCCUCGCCGCCGACUACUUCUCCCCGCCGCCGCCGGCCUCCUGCUCGGACCAAGCCCUAGCCCUAGCGUCCUUGCGCUUCCCUCCUCUCCCCAUCCCCUCGCUUCCGCCCGAUCCGCAUUUCCCGCUCCCCCUCCCUUUCCCCGCCGCGGCCGACCUCCCCACAGUCAGCAUCUCGGGCGGCGAUCUCGACUCUCUCCCCAUAUCCUCCGCGCUAUCUGAGUUCCUCGCGGCCGUUAUUCCGCAGGCCCUGCCUGUGCCGGCUAUCCCCGCCGCCGACGAGGGAUUGGAUGAUUUCCUCUACGACAGGGGCGGGUAUCGCAAGGGUUUUAGCUUGAGGGAGUCUGUUGCAUUCAAAAUCCCUGAUGGAUUGGACGAGAUUAGCCGCGAGAAGGAUGGAAAGGGAGACGGAUCCAGGUCAUAUAGAUUGGGGACCUCCACUGACACGAAGAGAUGGGAACUGCUGAAGGAGCACAUAUUUGAGGUUGUAGAGGUCGAUCUCCCGCAGAUUUUGGAAGGACACGUUGCAUCCUUUGGUGGUGACGAGUCUGGUGAUGGUGGCACCUUAUUGUUUCGUGUUCCAGAUGCGAAAAUCCAGUUGGAUUUCAUUGAUAUUGACACUGAGAUGACAUUAAGCUAUCCAACUGAACUUGCGGAUUCAAUUUAUCAAGUAGAGAAAAUCCCUGUGAAGCAUAAUGACGAGGAACAUUUGUCUGCAAGGAAUAUUAACUUUUUGGAGAUUGCAGCAUUAGAUUGUGGUGUAACAAUACCACUACUGGAGGUUCAUAGGCAUUCUUGGGAGCUUAAUGGGUGUCCCACUAAGGCAGAGAUAUCUAAUAUUUUUCAUAACCUUGUUGAACAUUUGAGUGAAGCACAAGUUCAGCAUCCAGCGUUGAACUCAACCGAGUUCUCAAGAUCAACUGAUAUGGACAUGUUGGCCUUUGUUUCCAAAGAUGCCCCAUGUGCAGACUAUCAAGCAGAUAAACCAAUAACAGUUAAGGCUGCAGUAGAGAUGGAUCUUGUGAGGAUCAAUGAUAAUCUUCUACUUGAGAGAAACUCAGCAUUGUACCCUCUCAAGCCUGAUGGCACCUUUUCAGAUUUGCCUUGCUCAGUUCUUUUAGAAGAAGCACAGAUCAUUGAUUUCCCUUCAGAGGAUGUCUUCAAAAUGCUUGUUCAGUCAGAUGCAGCUGAGCUGAAUACAUCUGAUGAAAUAUUCAAAGACGACUUCGAUCCAGCAAGGCGUUUCUAUGAAUCAGUGGUUAGCUCUGAGUUGGUGCUGGUUGACGAUACAUUCAGAUCACUACCUACACCUAUUUUAUCUGAUGAUGAUAUGACACUGAGGUCUAUGGUCCCCUCCAUAGGAGAAGUACUUUGCUCCCUGAAAACUUAUUCACUCUCUGCAGCCGACAGAAUUUAUUUGGACUGGCAUCUUUUAUUGGAAGGUCCAUGCAACCGGGAGAUAUGCUCUACCUAUGCAAUCAUGGUUGAGGAGGUAAAAAGUUGCCACUUCAAUUCUGAGAUGCAAGUCAAUUGUCAGCAGACAUCAGCACUUGGUUUUGAUUUUCUUGAGUAUUUUUGGGGAAGUGCAAAACACCAAGAUGAGGACAAGCAGAACAAUAUUUAUGUGCCUACCCCUCUACCUCAUGAUCCACCUCCUGCAGUGGAAACAGCUCAAAAAUACAGACAAGAAAGUGAUACUGAAGGCCACGGCCACAUGGAAAAGCCAAGUUUAGGAAAGGCAGCUUCGUUAUUCAAGUCAAUGUCACAAUCCAGUGACAUAAAUUUCUACUUGAACGUCAGAAGCGGCACCAAGAGAGGAACUAAUGAUGAAAAUAUUUCUACUUUAGAUAUCCCUACUUUAAAUGAACAAGCAGCUUCUUUUCCAAGCAGGUCUAAAGUUGACAAGCUCAUAGAAAUUCAUCCUGUCAACCUUUCAGAUUCUAUCCGAGCCCUUAUCAAACAAAUCCAUAGAAGCUAUACAACUGCUUUGCAAGAAAGUGCAUAUUUGAGGCAUACUUUCUCGGAUGGGCAUUUAAGCAUUCCGAAGCAGAAGCUUCUUGGACUGAUAACUGGAGAUGGUUCAGAUGGCUUUGAUAAUCACUGUAAACAUGAAGAUAAGAUGGAACUCAUUGUACUCUAUGGUUUAAAACAGGUUGCAUAUUAUCUAUGUUUCUUUGGUUUGCAUGCUGGCCAUCUGUACAUAAGCAACCUGAUUGGAAGCUUUGAAAAUAUUCCUGAGAGGUUAAGAAAUAUUCAUAGUUUCAUUGGUGAAGCACUGUGGAAAGCUGAGAAGCAUCAGAUUGACUCUCACCCAUCAUUGCAUGACAUUGAAAUGAUCCUGAGGUCUAAUACACACACCAGCCAACAGAUCCUUAUAGUUGCCGAUACAGCUUUCUGGCUGCCAUUGGGUCAAAAAUUAACUUCGAUGAAGAUGACAUUUGUUGAGCUAGGAAAAGACCCUGCUGCAGCUUAUUUAGAUCCGGUGGACAAGCCAAACCCUACAACUUGGGUGCUCAGAGGAUUGCCGAAAUCAGACUGCAUUCUGCUAGAUAAUAAGAACAUUCCAGCUUCAUUCCCUUUCAAUGAGUUUGGCAUCGUACUGGAAUACGGAGGUCCAGAUAAAUUAUCUACCUUGUUGUCUCUGGCUCCUAAUUUAGAUGGUUUUCCACAACUGCAUUUCCUCUAUGUCAAAGUGGAUGUUGAAGAUCCUUCGGUUGCACUUGUUGAGGACAACCCUACUGACCAGGAGUUGAGAGCCACACUGGAUACGGUUUUGCAUGCACUUCAGAAAGAUCUGCAAGAGAAGAUGAACAAGAUGCGUAUUGUUGAUUCAUUGAACUUUAUACCAGCAACUAAUCAGCUGCAAGGACGGCAGGAAAAUCUCUGCAAAUAUAUCACUGCUGAUUCAACAAAAAUAUUGCCUGCAGAUGAUCAACUGCUCAAACAAGAAAAUUUGGAGAAAGAGUUUGUUGAUGCACAUAAUUUUGUUCCUACAGCUGAACAGCGGCACAUAGAGGAAAUGUUGAGCAAAAGAACUAUCCUCCAUUCACAACAUUUUGUGCCUACAGUUGAGAAGAGCAGCUCUACUUCUUCUGUAUCUGCAAAUGUGAUCAAGGCCCCACAAGACAAUCUAUCUGGUACUGACUUGCCUUCCGGUGUAAAAGUUGGUCGCCUCACUCCAGGAAGAUUAUCCACCCCGGCGGUUGUUGUAAAUACUGGAAGUCAUGGAAAGAAUAUGCUUUUCUCUCGGAGAUCAUCUUAUCAGCAGAUACUAUCUUUGGAGAAAGGAGGAAUGCAGGUUGUGGAACGAGACGUUGAUCUUCCUGUGGACCUAAUACUCAGUGCUGCAGCUUGCCUAGUAUGGUUUGAGACAAAAAUCUUUGGGAGCAAUGAAUUCACAGCAUCGGCAGAGACAUCUAGUAUAACAAAUUUUGUAGAGAUCAUUGCGACCAACAUUCUGAUGUCAAUUAGCUUCUGUUUCUGUGGUUGUAUAAUGGUCUUUGAAGGUGAACCUCACCCCCUUUCUGCUGUAAUGGAGUCAUCUGAUUCUCUAUAUGCUGCAGCUGCUAGUCUGAUGAUGAACGUGCAGAUAUUCUUCUCAUGCACACCCAAGUCAACAGAUGAGAUAGUUCUUAGUUGCAUUAGGAAUGUGAACAUGUUGAAUAAAGCUCCUUCUCCAGAUAUACCUGAAUCAGAAAGCUUGGCUGAAUCAUUUUUCACAAAAUUCCCUUCAAUCAAUCCCUUGUCUGCAUACAGUAUGCUUUCUUGUGGAGGCAGCCUUGUGGAGUUCCUCAGUUGGCCACAUGAGUGUCGUAUACAGGCUGUUGAGAAGUAUCUCUUGUCCCCGCAGAGCAUUUCUCUGUUCAAUGCUUUGUGCAAAUUCGGUGAGCUAGGUGAAUCUAGGUCUGUGAUGACUGAAGGCUCUUCUGUAGAUUCAGACAUCUGUAGUGCAUUGUUGCAGUCUCCAAGUAAAAGGAAAAGGUGCGCCUCUCAAGUUUUUGCAGUACCAACUAGUGAUCCCCUCCAUCCGGAUCCUCUAAACCAAUUGCCUGGUGAUUAUGUAGAACAUAACAAUGUAUUCUCACAGCCUAAGUUGAGGAGGUUCUCCGACACGGAGGAUGCAAUGCCUCAGCUCCCAGAGGUCUUUAUGUUCGAUCAAAGUUUGAGUAGGGGAGGUGAGGGGGUCUCUUGUCUGCCAAGAAAACACGGUAUUGAUGCAAUAACUGGCAAUCAGAUCAUGAGUGAUCAUAUCAGCAAUGGAUUGACUGCAGAUACGAGGCAUUGUAACCGAAGAAGGGCUAACAAUAUGGUGGACACAUAUGACUUCUCUUGGCAACCGGAAUCAGGGGGUAAAGAACCUAUCAAAAGCUCUUUUCCGGCAAGCGAACCAUCAUUCAGCAGAAGUUACAGUCAUCCAGUAUUUCCAUCUGCAUUGGAGAUCAAUGAUGAUACUGGUUACUGGGACAUUUCAGGAGGUGCACAUGACACUUGGAAGGGUCAUGUACAUGGGGGUAUUGCCUCAACCUCUUGCAGAAAUGAUGUGGGCAGCAGAUAUCAUGAGCCAACAGAGGAAAUAAUGCAGAAGGGUCAUGUACAUGGGGGUAUUGCCUCAACCUCUUGCAGAAAUGAUGUGGGCAGCAGAUAUCAUGAGCCAACAGAGGAAAUAAUGCAUAAUCCAGGAAGUUCGCUUGCUUUUCUGAAACAGGAUUCUGGCUUUCAUGCGACUCCACAUGGCUCAAGCUGGGAAAUUGAUUAUCUAAGGCAAAUGAACGAAAAAAGAAGAGCACGUGAGGAGAGAUCAAGAUGUAAUACAUCAGGGAUGAGGGACGGGGCCGCUAAGAUUAUAAAUCCUCCACUUAUUGGAUCCUUCAGAUACCAAGGAGAUGGAGAUACUCCUUCGAGGAACCGGAGCCCAUCUGUGGGAACUCACCAUCAUAAGAAAGCCAGAGAAGAAACUAAAGCACAUACCCAUAGAGCAAGAAAAGAUUUCAAGAUGCAACCAAGUGUAAGUCACGAAAACAGGAUAGAGCCGUCCAUAUAUCCAUCGUGGACUCCCAUUGACAAGAGAGCCAGACAGAAACUUUCAUUUGCAACAUACGGGAAGGAGAAGCAAAGCAAGUUGGUCUGGAGAGACCCAAAUAGCUCUGGUGCUGAGUGUGGCUUCCGGAAAAGAUACCGGGAAGAAGGUACGUAGAAUAUCACAGGUCGUUGGUACUUGAUGCAAAUUAGUGAUGUUUUAAGUGGUAUGUAAAUAUAUCCCAUGAAAUAUGUCUUAACAGCGCUCCUUUUUUUUUAUCGUGAACUUUGUUGGAGGUAGAAUCUGUUCAAAGUAACAAUGUAUGUCGUCUGUCACACUGGCACCACAGUUUGUUUUGAAACAUUGAGGGUCAACCAGUGAAUAUGGUAUCAUUGCUCGUCAUUUAUAUAGAUGGAAAAAGGGAAUGUUUGUCCUGUUCAACCUG